CUGUUUCCAUGUCUGUUUCCCCGAGUCAGUUUCAGCGGCUCAGCUGUCUCGUUCUCAGGCUACAGCUGGAGCUGGGGCUCCUGCGCUCCCGGCGGAGCCGGGACUUCGAGCAGCUCUCCCGGCUUCGGCCUCGCUCGUCCGGCGGCACCAAAGUGUUUACUAAUCGUUUGGCCUCGUGAGGUUGAAGGGCUUGUCUCCCUUGGUCUGGUCAGCCGCCGUAGCCGGUCAGCAGCGCCGUAAUGACCGCUGUUGUGUCUGCUCCACUUUCCAUGGGUCCCGUGAGCGCUUUAGCUGCUUGAGAGAGACUGGGCGCCCGGCGGGUCCGUCUUCUUAAUACCUUCAGGCUCGAGACUCAGCCCAUUGCGAGGAUGCAGAUGAUUAUAUUGAAGGAAAGAACCAGGAUGAGGUCACAGCAGAGACUUUGAAUGUAGAGAUUAAUUGAUUAAAUAAUUAACCAGGAGACAGACCAAUAUCAUGCCCAGGACUGUCACUGAAGCUUGAAUUCUACAUCUGGCUUCCCAUUGCCUGUGCUGUGAGUGUGGUGUCCCCAUUCCCCCUAAUCCGGCCAACAUGUGUGUGGCCUGUUUGCGGACGCAAGUGGACAUCAGUGAAGGGAUCCCCAAACAAGUCUCUAUUAACUUCUGCAAACAGUGUGAAAGGUAUCUUCAGCCGCCAGGAACAUGGAUCCAGUGUGCCUUAGAGUCGAGGGAACUUCUUACUUUAUGUUUGAAGAAAAUCAAAGCCUCUUUGAGUAAGGUGCGACUGAUUGAAGCUGGCUUUGUUUGGACUGAACCUCAUUCCAAGCGGCUUAAGGUCAAACUGACUAUCCAGAAAGAGGUGAUGAACGGUGCCAUCCUGCAGCAAGUGUUUGUGGUGGAGUACGUGGUUCAGCCACAGAUGUGUGAUGCUUGCCAUAGGGUGGAGGCCAAGGAUUUCUGGAAGGCUGUGGUUCAAGUCAGGCAAAAGACCUUGCACAAAAAAACUUUCUACUAUCUGGAGCAGCUGAUCCUGAAACACAGGGCACAUCAGAACACCCUCCGUAUCAAGGAGAUUCAUGACGGCCUGGAUUUCUAUUAUGCUCAGAAGCAGCAUGCCCAGAAAAUGGUGGACUUUCUCCAGUGCACUGUUCCUUCCAGAUCCAAAUCUUCACAGAGACUGAUCUCGCAUGACAUUCAUAGCAAUACGUACAAUUACAAAAGCACUUUCUCUGUGGAAAUUGUUCCCAUCUGCAAGGACAAUGUCGUGUGUCUGUCUCCAAAACUAGCACAAAGCCUUGGCAACAUGAGCCAGAUUUGUGUCUGUAUCCGAGUUACCAGUGCUGUCCACCUCAUUGAUCCAAACACACUGCAGAUCGCUGAGAUUGAUGGGAAUACCUAUUGGCGUUACCCGUUCAAUAGCUUGUGCCACCCCAAACAGCUGGAGGAGUUCAUUGUGAUGGAGUGCAGUGUCGUUCACAACCUGAAAGCCGUUGCGGGGGCUGGCAUGAGAUCAAAUAAACACAUGCUCGCCGAAGUCUGGGUGCAGAAGACCUCGGAGAUGAACGCGGAUAACCAGUAUUUCUGCCGGACUCAUUUGGGCCAUCUUCUGAACCCUGGAGACCUGGUGCUGGGGUUCGACUUGGCCAACUGCAACCUGAAUGACGAGCACGCCAACAAAAUGAACGUCCAGCACGUGCCCGAUGUGGUAUUAAUCAAGAAGAGUUAUGAUCGUGCCAAACGUCAGCGUCGCAGGAACUGGAAGCUCAAGGAGCUGGAUCGAGAUAAAGAAACCAUGGACACAGAUGACGAGAGGCAAUACCAGGACUUUCUGGAAGAUCUGGAAGAAGAUGAGGCAAUCAGGAAGAACGUCAAUAUUUAUAAAGCCUCGACGGUCCCUGUGGAGAGCGACACUGAUGAUGAAGGAGCCCCGCGGAUUAGCCUGGCUGAGAUGCUCGAGGACCUUCACAUCUCGGAAGAUGCCACUGGGGGAGAAGGGGCGUCGAUGAUGCCUUGAUGAAGGGAACCUCGCCGUGGACUUUGCCUCCUCUGGAAAACGAGGCCUCGGGACUAGGAGGGCUCUGAGCUCCCUCCUGCUCUAGAAUGCUUUGUCUUAGACCAUUUGAGAAAGGACAUUUGAAACCUAGAAGAACCAGGUAGAAUUGAGCGCUUCCCUACGUGUCACAGAGGAAAUAAAGCUGAUGUGGAUUU